AUGAUAAUUACAGAGAAGAACCGCCGAGAGAUCUCCAAGUACCUUUUCCAAGAAGGAGUUUGCUUUGCGAAAAAGGACUACAACUUGGCGAAACACCCUGAAAUCGAUGUCCCGAACUUACAGGUGAUAAAGCUGAUGCAGAGCUUCAAAUCCAAAGAAUACGUUCGCGAGACCUUCGCUUGGAUGCACUACUAUUGGUAUUUAACCAAUGACGGCAUUGAGUUCCUCAGAACUUACCUCAAUUUGCCUUCCGAAAUUGUCCCUGCCACUUUGAAGAAAUCCCCCCGGCCACUCGGUCGCCCCAUGGGUGGCCCACCUGGUGAUCGCCCCCGUGGACCGCCGCGGUUUGAAGGAGAUAGGCCGAGGUUUGGUGAUCGGGAUGGAUACCGUGGAGGUCCCCGAGGAGGGCCGCCGGGUGAGUUUGGUGACAAGGGUGGAGCUCCUGCUGACUACCAGCCUGCAUUUAGGGGUUCUGGUGGAAGAGGUGGCUUUGGUCGUGGAGCCGGUGGCUAUGGUGCAGGGACAACUAGCUCGGAUAUGCCCUGA